CCACUGCUGUGCUGUGCAGGGCCGAAAAAGUGCACUGAGCAAGACAUCGGAACAGUUCAGCUGCUGCCCGCAAGUCCCACAACCGAAACAAUAACUCUGCAUUGAAACGCACGUGUGCGGGAAGAUGGAAGUAGAAAACGGCGAGGGGCAGGUGCAAGUACACCUGAAAACCAAACAAGAACAAUAUGCUGUUCCCGAUGUGCCAUACGCGAUCGAAGGCAGCGUUUCCACCACGGAGCUGAAUAUAUUUCUGAAUGCUUUACUGCAGAGUAAAGGCGCCGAAAGCGUUGAUUUCGACUUUCUUGUGUUCGAUGAGUAUCUGCGCGGUCGGCUGUGUGAUCAUCUGCGCGAGAAGGCAAUCAGCUUUGAAGAUUCUAUUGAAAUUGAAUAUGUGGAACGAUUUCCAGCCCCAGAGCCACAGGAUUGUCUGCUGCAUGACGAUUGGGUAUCUGCUGUUAAGGCAUCCGGAAAAUGGAUACUCACUGGCUGCUACGACAACACCUUAAACAUCUGGACCUACAAGGGCAAGCAUAAGCUCACCAUACCCGGUCAUACGGCGCCCAUCAAGGCUGUGGACUGGAUAUCACUCGACAAUGAAAACGGCCGUUUUGUGUCCACCUCACAAGAUCAGACAGCGAUGAUGUGGCAGUGGAAUAUCGCUUCGAACGCCGUAGAAUGUGUAUCCGUGUGUAAGGGUCACGAACGUGGCGUCGAUAGUGUCUGUGUCAGCCCAGAUGCACAGCGCUUUGCCACUGGUUCCUGGGAUACGAUGCUUAAGAUAUGGUCAGCUGAACUGGAAGAUGCUGGCGAGAGCACCGCCAAGCGUGCCAAGGAGAGCGGCGUUAGAACGCCGCGAAUGACGCUGCAGGGCCAUCGAGAGAGCAUUUCAGCCGUGCAGUGGAUGGACAAUAAUACAUUGCUAACUGGCAGCUGGGAUCACACGCUCAAAGUCUGGGAUCUGAACCUGGAAGGUAUCAAGACAGAAAUAUCGACCAACAAGUCUAUCUUCGAUGCCAGUUACUCCAAAUUGAAUAACUUAAUUGUUACCGCAUCAGCGGAUAAAAAUCUGCGUCUAUAUGAUGCGCGAACCAAUCAGGGUUCGGUGGUACGCAGCACUUACCUGGGUCACAAUGCCUGGGUGCAGACUGUGAUGUGGUCCAUUACAGAGGAGUUUCUAUUUGUAUCGGGUGCAUAUGAUAACCAGAACAAGCUGUGGGAUUGCAGAAGUCCCAAGGCACCGCUCUACGAUUUGCUUGGGCAUGGCGAAAAGGUUCUGGACAUUGACUGGUCGAAUCCCAAAUACAUUGUUUCUGGUGGUGCAGAUAACACAGUGCGUGUCUUUAAAUCGAGCAAAGCGACUGUUGAGAAUAUGGAAACAAAGUAAAAUUUGGACAUAUACAAAUUAUAUAUAGUAACUGCUAGACGUCGCUAAGUUUAAAUAAAAUUACACUUUUUUUGUCAUAACAACUAUC